AUGCAUAGGAAAUUUCAACAUAAAGUCAUCCUUAUUCUCAUAAGUAUUUGUGGGACAUCUAUUAUAUUCCAUCAUUACCAAAGAAACAUUGUUUCAGUACAGCAAUCACAAGGAAGGCCAAAAUUUAUACUAAAGGACAUCAAAUGUAGUAAAAUUCUUCAAGGAGAUGCUAAAGAACUGAAAAAAGUUCAUGCUUGGAAUCUCAAGCACCAGUAUGUAAUCCAUCCAUCAUUUUAUAUAAAUAAAACCAAAUUCUGUCAUUUAUUUCAAGAGGAAAUGGGUUAUGACAGCUACCCAGUCACAGAUGAUGAAAAAAACUUUCCUAUAGCAUUUUCUCUCAUCCUCCACAAAGACAUUGAGCAUUUUGAAAAACUCCUUCACACCAUUUAUCGCCCUCAAAAUAUUUACUGCUUGCAUGUAGAUCAGAAAUCACCACAAGAUUAUAAAGAUGCUAUUUGGAAAAUUGCUGACUGUUUUCCAAAUGUAUUUGUGGCUUCCAAACUUGAGGCCGUAUUCUAUGCCUCCUACAGCCGUCUCCAAGCUGAUCUCAACUAUCUCCUAAAUUGGAUGAAAGACAUUUACAGCCCAGAUGAAUAUUUCUGGGCAACUCUUCAUCAUUCAUCACUGAAUCCUCAUCUUAAUGUGCCAGGUUCAUAUAAAGGUGACCCAAAUCUGAAGAAAUGGCUGGCUUCCUACUCCGCUUGGCAAUCUGUUGAACCAUGUAAUGGAAAAUGGGUUCGACAGAUUUGUGUUUUUUCAGCCAGUGACUUGAAACGCCUUCACAGACGUUACGAGCUAUUUGCGAAUAAAUUCCACCUCACAUAUGACCCUUUGGCUGUAUCCCUGAAGUUACAGCCCUCCAACAAGUGCUUUAAGUUGGCCACAAAAUCUGUGACUGUCUCUUCUUUUCUCUAG